UCCACUCACCCCCCCCCCACCUUCCAUCCUAUCCUACAGUAUCCCUCGAGCCCACCGGCUGCCCCUCCACCCGUCGAUUUUCCUCCACUUUCUCCUUGCCCUGAUCUCUUUACCAGAUUUCGCUCACCCUGAGACCUGUCUGAUCCAUUUGUUCCGGAUCCGGCAGGAGUGGAACAUUGCCUCGGCAGAAAAAACUACCGAACCUUGAAUAGCACAAACGGUUACCUACUGCAGGGUGGAAAAAGGAAAACCAAUCUUCUAGCAUAAAAUUAUCGUGGGGACAAGAAGACUUGGAUCCCGCACUAUUGGAAGGGGAAAUACUGAAAGGGGGAAAGGGCUAAGUUUCCGGUAACUUUUUUAUUUGAAGGUUGUGAGGCGUGGAAUCAGAGAUACGGAUUAGACAUCAGAAAUUUCAUCACGAUCCGGGAAACAGCUCAAGUCAACAUCAAACACACGCAAUUGGCCCUCUUGACGGAACCCUAAUGGCUUCUCGAGAUCAGGCUGACAACAAGCUAAAUAAUAGUGGUCGGGAGAAGGAUGUCAUACCAACCAUUGUUUCCUUCCAUGAGGAAACAGAAACAAUUCCCACCUUCAUACUCCCUGAUGGUCACUCUUCAGACGAUCUAUCGGGGGUAGAUCAACAGCUUGACAUCCUCUCCCCCGACUUCCAAGAGUCGUCUCUGCAGCACCGAAGGUUGAGCCUAUUCGAUUACACUCCCUUUUCCUUGCCUCCAUCCAGAGUGCCAACCAUUGAGAGUACUCUUCCUCUUCCUCCCUCUCCUGCUCCUAAUUCAACUUCCUCUCCUCCCCUUCAAGCACUUCGUUCAGAUUCAGAAACUCCGGUUACUUUAUCGCGAAAACCAAUGCAUUCACCACCGCUUACUCCUGCUUCUACUCAUGACCGGGGUCAGUUCAAGCAUACACGUUCGGAGGAGCUUCGGGUACCCGGAAGUCAACCUUUGAAAUUAGCCCCAGGGGACCCGGCAACCAUGACUCCGCAAACAUCUCCACCUCGGCCCGGAUCUACAACAAUUGCAUUGUCAGGGCCGUAUGCGGAGGGCAAUAGCUCAAGACCACACUCAUCAAGUUCGUCCCGGCCCGGCUCGACUGGUGCUGAACUUUCUCAACGACAUAAUGCAACCUUUACCAUCGGGCCCCCUGAAAGCUCCGAGUCAUCCUCGCGGGAUAAUAGCCCUUUGGGUACACCUAUGGAAGCCGGAGCUCCCACGCCCACCUUUCAACCUCCUUCGAGACCAUUUACCCCAGCCGGUGAGCUUGAUGACCCUUAUGCCAGAAGCAAACGACCUCCUCAGUCGAGGAAGUUGGAAGAUAUUGAGCCUCGAUUUAAGUUUGGAAAGGGAGGCAGACACCAUGGCUCGAGUUCGAGUCUUUCCUCGGCCGGCGGGGAAGCUCGAUCGGAUAAAAAGCAUCACUCACAUUUCUCGCUUCACUCACUUGGAAAACAUCAUGACGACAGUUCUACUCUUAGUUUGGGAAACAAGAAGGGCUCAAUGUCCGACCUAAAGAGGUUCUUCAGGUCACCCCAAAAACGAUCCCAGUCACCCGGCGCCAGCUCCAUCCGAAGCUCCAAAUCUUCUGUUAGCCAGGUCUCACUAACAGCGCCAUUUGCCGAUGACCAUGGCCUCGCGAAGAAGUAUGGGCGUUUCGGAAAAGUGCUAGGUUCGGGGGCUGGUGGCUCUGUGCGUUUGAUGAAGAGAUCCAGUGACGGCGUUACAUUUGCUGUGAAAGAGUUUAGAGCCAGGCAUUCCUAUGAAUCAGAGCGGGAAUAUGCAAAGAAGGUGACGGCAGAGUUUUGCAUUGGUUCUACUUUACAUCAUGGCAACAUUGUGGAAACUCUAGACAUUGUCCAUGAGCGGGGGAAAUGGUACGAGGUUAUGGAAUACUGCCCAUAUGACCUCUUCGCAACAGUCAUGACAGGCAAGAUGUCCAGAGAGGAGGUAGCGUGCUGCUUCAUGCAAAUCCUAAGUGGUCUUACCUAUCUUCACAGAAUGGGGCUCGCUCACAGGGACAUGAAGCUGGACAAUGUUGUGAUGAACGAGUAUGGUAUUCUAAAGAUCAUUGAUUUCGGGAGUGCCAGUGUUUUCAGAUAUCCCUUUGAGAAUGAUAUCGUCGAAGCUCAUGGGAUCGUCGGAUCGGAUCCAUAUCUUGCGCCAGAAGUAUGCAAUGACCUGAAAUACGAUCCUCAGCCUGCCGAUGUCUGGUCACUCGCUAUUAUAUACUGCUGCAUGACUCUCCGAAGGUUUCCUUGGAAAGCCCCUCGGCAGUCAGAUAAUUCAUUCAAGCUAUUCUCAAUGCCCCCGGACGCUCCUACUCCUACUACUGUCCAGGGAUCUGGCCAGCAGGUUAAGGGUCCACACCGUUUGCUAAGGCUGUUGCCACGGGAGUCUCGUCAGAUAAUCAGCCGCAUGCUCGACUUAAAUCCUAAAAAGAGGGCCACGCUGGAGGAGAUCUGGAACGAUGAGUGGAUUCGGAGUAUAUUAUAUUGUCAGCAGGAAGAAGGUGGGAAAAUCGUCAAAGGGGUGGGGCAUACGCAUGUACUAGAGGGGCAGUCAGGCGGGAGCAAUGUUAGUACGAGAAAGAGUGCAAAGUGAGUGGUGAGUGUAGGGGGAAAGGAUAAUGGCAUCGACAUCGGGCCGAGAUGUUAAGCCAUAGAUGUAUUAGAGCUUGAUACGACACUAAACAAAAAAGGAGCUAUGGUUCCGUCCUUCGACCCGUAAAUCUUCUGCCCCUUCUCCGGCCUUUCUCCCCCACUCCCUACAACUUUUUUCUUCCCGGCAAAGGCUGGGCUUUUUCUUCUUGCGACCCAAACUCAAAUACUCUCUUCUUCCUGGCCUGGUAUCGGCCGGUGGUUAACAUUCAGCGUUAUAAUAUUAUAUAUAUUUAUUUAUUUAUUUUUCAUUUAUUCCCCCUAUAGGCAUCGAUAUUUGUUGUACUUAUUACUCUUGUUCUCGGUGGGUAGUGUAGGCGAUUAGAACAUUUUUCUCAUAUCAUAGUUUUCCAUACACUAGUUAAAUUAUACUUAUCAAUCUCA